UGCAUGACAAAAAUUAUGAUUCAACCCUUACCUUUGUACGGUUGUGUGAUCACGCCAGUCAGUCCACUAACAAAUCCCUGCAGGAAUGCAAAUGCAUAAUCAGCAGAUACAAACGCUGUAUUAAUUAGUCAACCGACCACUAGAUCUAUGUAUAUACAGUAUCACUAGGCUAUAUAAACUCCCAAAGAUUCUUAACUGCAUGUACAUACAUUGUACAUUUAGCUUUUAGUCUAAUGUAUAUGACAGACAACACUCAACAUUCCGAGAGGAGCCUUAUAGGCGGUGUUUUGUAUGGGUUGACUACCUCACCUAACUGUGUGUGAAUACAUGUAAAUAUGCACAUUGUGGUUAGGAAUCAACUGUACACAAUAGCCCAUUGUGUAUACAGUUGACUCCCAACCACACUGUGGGUAUAGUAAGGAUGUUUUAGGGUAUCACAAGACAUGCACAUGACUAAUGAUAUGAUUUCAGCUCAAGAAAACCUACUUGUACUCAAGCAUGGGUGAUCUCUAUACUGACGCAGUAAGUAGGACCCAGUUUAAUCUGAACUGCACAAAUUUGACAAUAAGUGAGAUUAAGACUAUCAACUUGGCUAGAAGUAUCUCUGGAUUUACCUGCGUGCUGAUCACACUAGUAAUCAUAUGCCUGCUGGUAUGGUACAAGUCGUACAAGAGCACUCUAAGAAGAUUGUUCCUGGUAUUCACAAUCGACACGUUAGCCAUUGAGAUAUUACUGGGACUCAACAUAGAGCACUACUUUGAAUACAAAGGGCAAGAGCAAGUGUGUUCUGCCUUAGGGUUCUUGAUACAAUGGACGGGGAGCAUGACGUAUUGGUGCAGUCUAGGUAUUGUACUGGUACUGGCUAUUACAGUCAUUCAAACACUUCGCGGUAAAUCAACAAAGUGGAAAAAAUCAACUGAAUUUCUGCUAGCCCUGUCUAUAAUCAUACUGCCGUUGCUACACACAUGGCCACCAUUUUUAAGCCAAAAUUAUGGACUAGAAUUUGCAUAUUGCUGGAUAAAAGAGAAAGACAACAACUGCUCCAUUGUGGGAGAAUCUGACCGUUUGCAAUAUUUCAUUAUCUCACAAGUAAUCGAAUUGAUUUGUGUGCUGAUAACAGUUAUCCUGGCAGUAUUAUAUUGCUUAUUGAGGUGCAAAUACAGACAUAUUGGUACCGCCCAAGUUAUGACUCUACUGUGUCAAACGCUACUGCUAAUGGCUUUCUUAGUUUGUCAUUGGCUUUGGAACGUGGUAGCUCGGGUUAUAUAUAAGAUACCAAUAAAAGAAUAUCCACAGUGGCUGUAUACAGAUGCUAUUCCAGUUCCAUUUACAUACCUAAUCGUACCGUUCGGAUUUCUUGUACAUUUGUACGCUGUUAGACAUUCUGGAUGUUGUGUGAGCAUUUCAAAAUGUUGUCAAAAAAAUCAACCUAAACAUCACCUGUACACAGUUGAGAAUAAUCAGACAAGUCCUACUUCCCACCCUGUUGAGGUACGAAGUGAUACUUACUGGAGUGUGCCUUAUACUAACGAGUUUACAAAUGUGGUUUCAAACACCGAACAGGACUAUCUACUCAAGAUCAGCACUUCAGACAUGGGAUAUGGAUCACAUGCGAACUCAUAGUAAUUAUUAGUUCAAUUGUUAUACAGCUAAUAAAGGUAUUGCUCCAAAACAAUAAAUACAAUCGUUUCCAGUCUAGAUAGCUAUUAUAUAUUUAUUACAUGACUUUCUCGAUUUUUUAAUGUCUAUUCUACAUAUGUAGGUUAUACACUCAAAUGUAAUCAACGUUCUCAAUUUUAUA